CAAUUAUGAAAGCGAUUCCACAAUUAUUGCAACUGAUCUCAAUCCUGGUAUCAGGCCUAGUUUUGAUUUACUCUUUGCAUAAUAUAUUACUAAAACUUGAUGAGUUGACAAAAAAGCUGCCUAACUACUUGGCAAAAAAAGCCUCCAAUGAUCAAAUGAAAUCAGCCAUGUCUGGUCAGGUCAAUGCUGAGAACACGGUGAUUGUGAAACACCCACACCCAAGCACAGAGCCCGGAAUUAUGUUUUUACAGAGCUCCAGUGAACUAAACCCUUCCCCACUGACCAUCUGCAGCAUCGAAUCAGCAGCUAGACUAAACCCAAACAAACCAGUUUAUUACUUCAUGCGAGGAUUCAAUGGGAAAGUAUCUGCAUACCGAGAUCCUGAGUACAAAGGCAUCCGUCUGCUUUCUUCAUUCAAGAAUGUCAUCACCUUGCCCUUGAAUCCUAAGGAAUUGUUCAGCAACACGCCCUUGGCUGGAUGGUAUGAGAAGGUAGAUCCCAGCACUGAACUGUAUUGGAUUAUUUCGCUAUCUGAUGGCUGUCGGAUAGCCCUGCUAUGGAAGUACGGGGGCACCUAUCUGGACACAGAUAUAAUAUCAAUCAAACCUCUGCUGUUCCACAACUUCCUCUGUGCAGAAUUAGGAAAUUAUGCGAAUAAUGCAGCUUUGGGAUUUAACCGUUCUCAUUCCUUCAUAGAGAGUUGCUUAUGGGAUUUUGUUGAGAACUACAAUGGAGCAGUUUGGGGCCAACAGGGUCCAGAACUGAUGACCCGAAUGCUGAAGAAAUGGUGUGAAACUGAUAAUCUCCACAACGUCCUCAACAAAGAAUGCAAAGGCAUUAAGUAUUUGUCCAACAACUGGUUCUACCCUGUUCCAUACCCUGAUUGGAAAAAAUACUUUGAAAAAGAUACAUGGAAAGGGAAUGCUGAUGAGAUUGAAAAGAAAUUCUCAGAGACAAUUGGGGUACAUUUCUGGAAUUCACUGAGUCGUCGUCAUAAAUUUCAAAUCAAAGGAAGUCGAUCUCUAAUAGAAUAUUUCUUUUAUAAAUACUGUCCAAGUACAUAUGAAACUCUCCCAAAAUGAUGAAUAAGCCUCCAGAGGUUGUAGUGGAGCUGGUACAAUUACAACAUUUAAAAGGCAUCUGGAUGGGUACACGAUU